UCAUGCUACAGUCAUCAUGAUGGCUGCUGCCUUGAGAGGGAGCCUUGUAACAUUGGCCAAGUGCCUGACUGGUACUGGCCCGCGGUGGCAGCAGCUGGCUUCCCGGCCCCUCAGUAUGACGGCCUGUCUGGGUGGGCCUGAGGUGCCGCCAGCCCGCGCCGACGCCACCUUCAAGGUCACUAUGGUGCCUGGGGACGGAGUGGGACCUGAGCUGAUGACUGCUGUGAAGGAGGUUUUCAAGGCGGCUGACGUCCCAGUGGAGUUUGAGGAGUUUCACCUGAGUGAGGUGCAGCACAUGGACAGCGACGAGAAGCUGGAGCAGGUGUUGGCCUCCAUGAAGACCAACAGGGUGGCCAUGAAAGGAAAGAUUAACACCCCCAUGGAGUUCAAAGGGGAGCUGGCCGGCUUUGAGAUGAAAAUCAGGCGUAGGCUGGACCUGUUUGCCAACGUGGUCCACGUGAACAGUCUGCCUGGCUACAGCACCCGCCACAACAACCUGGACCUGGUCAUUAUCCGAGAGCAGACCGAGGGAGAGUACAGCUCUCUGGAGCACGAGAGUGUGCCUGGAGUGAUCGAAUGUCUGAAGAUCAUCACCAGGGAGAAGUCUCGGCGCAUCGCCAAGUUUGCCUUCGACUACGCCACCAAGAAGGGUCGCAGCAAGGUCACGGCGGUCCACAAGGCCAACAUCAUGAAGCUUGCAGAUGGCCUGUUCCUACAGUGCUGCGCCGAGGUGGCAGAGCUGUAUCCCAAGAUCAAAUACGAGAACAUUAUCAUAGACAACUGUUGCAUGCAGCUGGUCCAGAACCCAUACCAGUUUGACGUGCUGGUGAUGCCCAACCUCUAUGGCAACAUCAUUGACAACCUGGCAGCUGGGCUGGUUGGUGGGGCAGGAGUGGUGCCAGGAGAGAGCUAUAGUGCAGAGUACGCCGUGUUUGAGACCGGAGCGCGGCACCCCUUUGCCCAGGCUGUGGGUAGGAACAUCGCCAACCCCACGGCCAUGCUGCUCAGCGCUGCCAACAUGCUCCAUCACCUCAACCUGGAAUACCACUCCAACAUGGUGGCAGACGCUGUCAGGAGGGUCAUCAAACAGGGCAAGGUGCGGACGCGAGACCUGGGCGGUUACAGCACGACCGGGGACUUUGUGCAAGCCGUUGUGGGGAACCUCCGCCACCGACCCACGUACUAAAGAAGACCCUGCCCUUUACCCUAAACUGGACGGCCAACCAAAUAUAAUCUGGAUAUAUUGAACCCCAUAGUGCCAUAUAUCCCCUAAUAACUUUGCCACAGCUAUUUUGCUCACUGUCCCACUAAACUAACACUCCUUACCUCCUUACGUCACUCUAGGCAGCUCUCGUUCCUCCUCACAACACGCUCUGCGUAUCCUCUAUAAAGUUUUCUGUUUCCUGUUCAAAUUUGAAUACCCUCGAUUCAGCCAAAGCAAUUAAUUCUCUCUGCAUUUAAUCUUAUUUUUUUAUUAUUGGUUUUUACCAAAUCGUCCAUUUAUGCUGCUGUGGCCUUCUCUAUUUUGUCCCAGUCUUUUCCUUGCUGAACCCUUUCUCCAACUCCAUGUCAACCGGUUCUUUUGUACUACCUCUGCUGUUUGCUGCACUCUUCUCUCAGCUAGACUUUUCUCUACUACCUCUCUAUAGUGUUCUCUGUAUCUGUCGGCUACCACCUCCUUCACUUUACUCUCCAACUCUGCCUUCUCUCUACACUGUUUCCUUGUUUGUGCUGUGGACAUGCAUAUGAUUUUAUAUGAAAUUGAUCACCGCUAGUCUAGCCUUGCAGUCUGCACUGGUUGCGCUGCAGUUUGUUCAGCAGUAUUGGUCAAGCUGGUUUUGUGCCACGAGGGCAAUUUACCAACGCCAAAGCAAGUGAAAUCUUUAUCACUGCAUAAGUGGACUUUCAGGUCUUCAAUUUCACAGCAAUGAGUUGUGGCAGGCCUUGUUCAUAACUCUGACUAUGUGCAGCGUGUCCAUAGACAAAGGAUACCUUGGUACCAACUGUACUCCUUAACUGGCCUUUUGCAAUAACAGCCUUACAGUCACCUCAAGAAAACCUGUUAUUGUUAAAAAAAAACACAUCUAGACUGGUUUCCACUGAGUCAUCAUAAACGUGAAAGUGUUUCUCACUAACGCAUAUCACCGCCACUGUCUUAAAAUCAGCAGGAUACGGAGGUCAUUCCUGAGAAGGGAGAAAAUGUUCACCAUUUAAAAUCAAUGUUUUCAUAUUGUUGUGUUAGCAGGGAUGCUAACAAGCCGAACUGUGAAAUUGGCUAAAUUAAUUUAACCUUUCUCACUCAUACUCUAGUCAUAAUCACUAGUUACUAAAAGAGAAUGAAUGUCUUAAUAUUCUGUCUGCUGUGUAUGCUGUAAAAUGCACACAGUGUAUCGUAAAGGUCACUAUCUUGGGAGCCAUUUGCUGGAGUUGGAGUUCCAUUGUGUGUCUAUUCAAAGCUAAGCUUUUUCAACAUUACAUUUGACAAACGAACAAGCCAGUGUAACCCGAGCCUAUGACCUGCUUUGCCUGAGUUCACAAGGGAAACCAUUUGAUCAUGUCAGACCAUUGACUUUUCUGUUUUUGUACUGUAUAUGCCAAAUGUCAGUUCCAUGAUAUAUUGGUUAUGAUGAUGAUAUCAGAGUGGUGGCAUGCUACUGGCGACUUAGACUGGCAUGUGUCAGCCAGUCAUUGGGACUUCAAAUAUAUUGGCUUUUGGUAAGAUACUUUUGGUCAUGUAGUGUAUGUGGACACCUGCUCGUCGAACAUCUCAUUCCAAAAUCAUGGGCAUUAAUAUG